GCUCCAUGCGCACAGACGCGACCAGCCGUGCGCUUUCCUAAUGCGCCCGUACAGCGGCCACGGGUUCAGCAUAACACUGAGCUGGACAUGAUGCUGACGGACAGAUGGAAACAGACACAGUCUCUGCCGUAGAGACAGAGUGUCCACCCGUAUUGCUUGUCCGUGAGGAGGUGAAGUAUUUGCCGGGUCUCUAGGGCUGCAUCCCUGUCUUUAGAGUGGACAGCAUGUGCAGAACAGCUAUCCUUAAAAUGAUAGUAUCAAAAAUUCGAUCCUAACGAGAAGGAAUUUGCAGAAAAGGUGCCAACGAAGGAUUUAAUCGGCUUGUCGGUGGUUUAUUUCAUAGCCUAGCACUUCGAGAAGUUGGAAGGGAGGAUGGAGAAGCCUAACCAGCCUCAGCCGCAUUCGAGUGUAUCCAAAAGCACAGAAGGUCCCUCAGAAGACCUUUCCAAACUUACGGACGAGGAGCUUCUGAAAUGGAGCAAGGAGGAGCUGGUUCGCCGGUUGCGCAGAGCCGAAGCCGAGAAGAUGAGCGUAAUAGUGGACCACAGCAAUCUCAUCCGAGAGGUGAACCGCAGGCUUCAGCAGCACCUCAACGAGAUACGAGGACUUAAGGAGGUGAAUCAGAAGCUGCAAGAGGACAACCAGGAGCUGCGGGACCUCUGCUGCUUUCUGGAUGAUGACCGGCAAAAAGGGAAGAAAGUGUCAAGGGAGUGGCAGCGCCUGGGCCGCUACAGUGCAGGGAUUAUGCGUAAGGAGGUGACACUGUACCUGCAGAAACUGAAAGAGCUGGAGCAGAGGCAGGAGGAAGUAGUGAGGGAGAACCUAGAACUGAGAGAGCUGUGCCUAAUGCUGGAUGAGGAGAAGGGAUCUGGAGCUACCAGCGGGUCAGUGGGCACCGGUGGACCGGCAGGCUGCAGGAAUUCAAUUGAUAGUCAGAGCAGCUUGUCUCACGCCAGCGGUCCUGGGCCUGGUUUACUAAGGGAUGUAGGUGAUGGGAGCAGUACCUCCAGCGCGGGCAGCACCGACAGCCCUGACCAUCUCACACAUAAGCAGCAGCUGUUGGGUGGCCCGGUUGGAGGCAGUCCUGACCACCUACAUAAGCCAGGCUCAGGGGAGGAGGCACCGGUUCCUGAGAAUCCUAGCCGCAGGCAUAGCACCAGCCAGGAGUACGCAGCACAUACCUUUCCCCAAGUGUGCCGGUCUCGCUGUGGAUCCUUCUCCAGUCAAGAUCACAAGGGACUACGGGGUCUUAGUCCAGAGAAACUUGGCAAAAGGGGCAGUCCAGAGCAAUUCUCUAAACACCUGUUGGUUUCCUCUCAACCGCCCGGCAGCCCGGAACUUUUUCAGAAGCACAGGGGUAGCAUGGGGAGUGUGUGUGGGAGUCCAGAGCCCAAACAGAUUUUAUCAGGGACACCGGAGCACCUACAGAAGGGCCGUGUCAUUUCUGGGAGCCCUGAGUUGUUGAGGCAUCAGCACGUCAAGUUUGGCAGUCCCGGCCGAGAGGUCAUACAGAAGCGGCCGGGCGUAGAGGAGAUGUCCCCUCAUCAUCGGAGCAUCUAUAGCGGUAUGAACGCUCUGAUAUCAGCUGGCUGUUGCACCAGCGCCUGUAGAAGUGUCAAGCUUUGGGACAGUUUUGAUACCUCCUGACCAAUGCCUUGACCGGAUCCAGCGGUGGGACUGUGGCCCUGAAAGAGGAUCCCCGUUGCUUUCAUAUGACUUGCACUGACAGAAAUGUAAGGCGAAGAUGGAAAAGUGUGAUUGAAAGACAAGAACUUCUAGCAGCAGCCAGUGUCUCUCUUCACCCUCCAUCAACACGCUGGAUCCUGCUGGUCCCUAAAACAACUUACAGCCCUGCACAAACCCAGGCCUGGAGGGGGGAUUCCUUCUGAUUUCAAAAGCUGGAACACGAUUGCCAAAAGGAUGGGAGAUUAAAUCAUCUCUCUUUUGCCAACAAAAUAGACCUACCUCCUUUGAAUGAAAGCAGACAAAACAAAAAAAAGGUUGAAACAGGACUGAGAGGCUAAUACCCAUUUUGUUUACAGUUGCCACAAAACAUAUACUGUACAAUCAGUCCCCACUGCAAAAAAAGUCAUAAUUUUUUACUGUUUUUUGGUAAAAGGAAAAAAUACAAAAAAACCAAACCUAAACAUCCUUAAAAUAAACAAGCAUACAAUUACAUAGAGAAGGGUUUCUCCACCACAUUCCUGGAGGACCACCAGCUCUGCACAUUUUCCAUGUCUCCUUAACCAUUCACACCUCAUUCAGAUCAUCAGCUCAUUAGCAGUGACUGAAAGACCUGUAAUGGGUGUAACAGACAAAGGGGACAUCCAAAACAUGUAGUGUUGGUGGUCCUCCAGGAACGUGGUUGAGAAACACUGACAUAGACUACCUGAAACAUCUCAAUUUACUAUAUUUACAAAAUCUAAUAAAGAUGUUCAGAUUGAACAACAAAUUAGAUUACAAUAAACCCUAUAGUAAGUUGUAAGGCAUUGUAAUUUAAGAGAUUUACACCUAAAAUGGACACUCACUAUUCAUAUAUCAUCGAUUUGUUCCAAAUCUGAAUGACUUUCUUUCUUCAGUUAAACACAAAAUAAGAUAUUUUGAAGAAUUUUUGUAAGCAAAUUAUAUGUUUCCAUUCAAAUAGGGGAAUUAAAUGUAUGUGGAAAAUUGGAAUAUCCAAAACAAUCUCACUGCAAUUUGUAACCUUUUGAUUUAGUGGCUAAUUCAUAUUCAUUGUAUGAUCUCAUUUGUACUUUUUAGUAUAUUUUGCAU